AUGACUAGAAGAAGCUCAUCGGUGACCUUGCCCCCAGCGGAGGUGGAGGAAAAUCCGCUCACAGCCGAUGUGAUGGUGGCGUCCUUGGAUUUCCUUACCCACAAUGCCAUGGGGUACCUUGUCUACGCCGUGUCCAACCUCUCCUCCCGUUGUCUCACCUCCAUUGAGAUGCUGGGGACAUACAAAUACCUGCAACGCAUCUCCCUCAAUGACAACAUGCUUGACUCCCUGAAACCCUUGCGAGAGCUUCAUGGCCUCGUAUAUCUCUCGGCAGCAGGUAAUAAACUGACCAAUGAGGUUUUUGACGACCUAGCUCCAUCUGGCACUACCUUGGAGAGACUGAACCUUGACAGAAAUUGCCUAACGAGCCUUCGAGGACUUCAUCAGCUACCGUUUCUUGUGGACUUUUGUGCAGAGGAAAAUCAGUUGGAAGAGUUGGCCAACGAAGAACUUUCCUCCCUCCAUAGUCUUACACGGCUUGAUUUGAUGUCCAACAGGAUUAGGCGUAUCCAACUGAAUACCUUUGCUACCUGUGAUACUGUGCGUAGUAUUAACCUUUCCCAUAAUGAAGUGGAAAAGGUUCAGUUUGUGAUGCACCUGGCGAACAGUUUGGAGAAGUUGGAUUUGGGAUACAACAAGAUAAAAAAUCUAGACGGUUUUGAUGUGUUGCAAGAGCUCGUUGAUCUUCAACUGGUGAAUAAUGAAAUUGAGUCAUGGACGGAGCUAGAGACGCUGUCAGGGCUUAUUAACCUUCGACAUCUAACGAUUGAAGGGAAUCCUAUUCUACAGGAAUCAGAGGAUACCUUUGUUUGUAAAUCAUUACCGGGUUACGCGGAGUCCAAAGUGGAAUCAGAUGUAGACUUUUCUGCGCGUAAAUUUUGUGGCGGCCUCCUCUCAUCGGGAGCUGCGGAUGCCGGCAACACACUACUCUCCUCUCUGGUCGUACCCUGUGCUAGAGCUUUUGUAAAGGAGGCAACCCUGAUGCCUCGUAGACUAGAGGAGUGGGAUGAGGAUGGACUUCGCGAGUUGCUCAAGCUUCCGCUUUCUGAACAGCGUAGAUUCCGUGUAAUUAGUAUUUUGCAGCAAUUGACUACAAUUGAUUCCAUUCCUGUAUCUCCCAAUGACAUUCCGCGGGCGCUGCGUCUGUUCAAAAAGAAGUCCGGGAAGAGGUUUCCUGUAGGAGGUAAUUUUUUCCCUGUGGGAUCUGCCGCGCGGGUAGUGGAAUCCCAACGUGCAAAAAAUGGCGCUGCUACACUAUGA